CAUUGAUGCAGGAAGCACAGUGGAUGCGCUCAGCAUUGAUGCAGGAAGCAGCCCUCCCCCUCUCCGUGUCAGAGUGAUGGUGACCGCUGUCUUGCGCUGGCCUCUCAGACGCGAGUGAUGCAGGCCGCAGAGGGCGGAGACGCGGGCGGGCAGGUGAAGGCUCACCUGCGUGCGUCGCAGGAGCUGCUGGUGGAGUCUCUGUACAACGUGGCGCCGCUGCUGGACCACGCCCUGGCGGCCGGCCUGCUGUCACAGGAGAACUACUACGAGGUGCAGGCGGAGGCCACGCCCCCCCGCCGCGCCCGCCGGCUGCUGGAGGUGGUGCAGGCCCAGAUGGACGAGGACCAGGCACUGUGCUUCCUGCAGUGUCUGAGGAGCUGCCACAAACACUACCCACGCCUACGCAGCUGGCUGUGCAGCAACACGGACAUCAAGCGUGGACCAACAGAGCUGCGGCUGCAGGCUCAGUCUGCAGUGCUGUGCGCUCGGCUCGGCUCGCUGGUGCUGCCGGUGUCUCUGCAGCUCUUCUCAGGCGGGUCUCUGACGCAGUUCGAGCUGGAGCAGCUGCAGGCCGAGCCCACGCCCUACCAGCAAACCCACAGACUCCUGCGCAGCUGCCUGUCCAAGGGCGAGAGCGCCUGCGUCUGCUUCUACCAGGCCCUGUGCAGUCAGGAUGCGCAGCUGGCUGCAGACAUCGAUGCUGAGACUCAGUCACAGGCUGAACACUGCGCCACCCGGGUCAGCAGUCGGUCUGAUACCCUCCCCUCCGUCGCGGGACUCACUGAAGAGCCAAUCAGCAGCUUUCCUGUGGAGGAGAGUACAGCAGGAGCCAAUCUCCCUCACACAGGUGUGCUGCAGCAGGUGGCGGCGCGGCUGGGCGUGGCCGGGGAUGCAGGGGCGGGGCUGAACAUGUGCGAGCUGGGCGUGGCCCUGGGGCUGCCCCGCUGGGCGGUGCGGGACUGUCUGCUGGAGGAGGCGGGCCUGGCGGACAGUGCGCAGCUGGUUGCCCUGGUGACCCUCUUCCUGGAGAAGACGCAGGACGUCCCGCGGCUGCUGAGCCGGGUGGCGGAGUGCGACCCUCAGAGGGUGCGGCUUUCAGAGAGAGGCCGUCUGCUGCUGGAGCUGCUGAAGGAGGCGGAGCUGCUGCUGCAGGGCGGGGCCCGGGACAGGGCGUGGCCCAUCUUCAGCUUCCUGGCGUGGGAGUGCGUGGCGGAGGCGGUGGAGGAGCCGGGGCCGGGGCCGGGGUCGAGGGCGUGGGCGUGGGGCGGGGCCCUGCGCCUGUUGAGGGGCAGUGAGAGGGUGGAGCCGGAGCUCCUGCAGGAGUUGGAGGAGCUGUGGGCGGAGGGGGGGGCGGAGAGCCUCCUGCAGAGCGUUCGCGCCCUGGGCCAGCUGCUGCGUGACCUGCACCCGCUGCACGACGGCCUGCACAUCAGCCCUCCCCAGGAGGGGGCGCUGUACGCCUGCCGCCCGCGCAGACUGCACAGAGUCACCCGCUUCCCUGGCCUGUCAGCGCGGGUCAUCCGCAGGGCACUGACGGCGAGCUCGGCCCCUGCCCCGGCCCCGCCCCCUGCCCCACCCGCUCUGCCACACUGCCCCUAUAGGCAAGUCUGCCUCUCCAUCGUCCGCCUUGCCCACCUCAUCCAGCCGGAGGGGGGUGGCGGCGACCUCUCCCACGCCCCCACCGCCAGUGUCACCUGCCACGCCCGCGCGCUGCUGUCGGGUUGGGGUUUCCGCGGGGACACCUUCGACGUGGGGCUGAGGUGCCGGGUGGAGGCGGUGCUGGAGUGGGACCCCGUGCGGCUGGGCCUGCCGGCACUGUUCCCUCUACACCGUGACACGCUGGCUCAGCUGGAGCGGUACCUGCGGCCCAGCGAGCGCCACGCCUUCCAGCUGUACCCCGACGCCGUGCGCGUGCUGGGCGGGGGGGCGGAGCUCUGCUGGGCAGCCAGCGUCCGCGGGCCCGUUGCCAUCGAUGGCGGGCUGGAGGAGGGCUUCGCCUUCGGCACCUCGGCCCCCGCCUCCCUGCUGAUCCGCCUGCGCUGCCGUGGUUACGAGGGCGGGGAGCCGUUCCAGGUGAGCGAGCCGGGCUGCGUGCAGGUGUGUGGGCUGGGAGAGGAGGGUGUGGCCCAGGCGCAGCGGGAGGGGGCGCUGCUGCUGGCGGCAGAGGGGGGGGCGGUCUGGCUCAGAGAGGGGCCGUCGCGGGACAGACUGCGCUCGCUGAUGCAGAAACACUCUGUCCAGGUACAGGACGCUGGCUGCUGCUUCAGAGUCUCCUCCUCAGCCACGCAGUGCGAGGUGAAGUUCGUUUACAGGAACAGAAAGCUCUCCGCUAGAGCGGAGCGCAGCUGUGAGGUGCUGUGA